AUGGGGAGCGACGGCGACGGCGACGGCGAGGCGGGGAUGCGGAUGCAGCUCGUGUCGGGGACAGGCGAGUUCGAUCGCGAGGGGCUUGAGCGAUUCGCGCGUGCGACGCGCAUGACGGAGUGCGGCCUGUCGUACGCCGUCAUCGCCAUCGUCGGGCCCCAGAGCAGCGGCAAGAGCACGCUGCUGAACCACCUCUUCCACACCACCUUCGAUGAGAUGGACGCGCUCAAGGGCAGGCGGCAGACCACGCAGGGCAUCUGGGUGGCGGAGGCGCGCGGCAUUCGCCCCUUCACCCUCGUGCUGGACAUUGAGGGCACUGACAGCCGCGAGCGCGGCGAGGACGACACCACGUUUGAGAAGCAGAGCUCGCUCUUUGCCCUCGCUGUCGCUGACGUCAUCAUCGUUAACAUGUGGUGCCACGACAUUGGUCGAGAGCAAGCCUCCAACAAGCCAUUGCUGAAAACGGUCUUUCAGGUGAUGAUGCGCCUCUUCACGCCCCGCAAGGCCACGCUGCUCUUUGUCAUCCGCGACAAGACCAAGACCCCAAUGGACACACUGGAGCCCAUCCUAAGGGAGGACAUUCAGAAGAUCUGGCAGAGCGUGCCCAAGCCGCAGAAGCAUCAGGACACACCCUUCGCUGACUUCUUCAAUGUGGAGGUCACAGCUCUCCCCAACUUUGAGGAGAGAGAGGAGGAGUUCAAAAGCCAGGUGGCCAGGCUGAGGGACCGGUUUCAGGACUCGGUGGCGGAGGGGCGGCUGGCGGGGGAUCGGCGGGGGGUGGUGCCGGCGUCGGGCUUCCCCCUGAGCGUGGCGGAGAUGUGGCGCGUGAUCCGAGAGAACAAGGACCUCGACCUGCCCGCCCACAAGGUGAUGGUGGCCACGGUGCGCUGUGAGCAAAUCGCCGCGGAGAAGCUUGCCCAGCUGCAGGACAGCGAGGAGUGGGUGGCACUGCAGGCAGCAGGGGAGGCGGGCAGGGAGGCGGAGCACUUUGGUGGGCGGGCCAAUGAGCUCGCGGCUAGUGCGCUUGCUACGUACGACGCGGAGGCAGCGUACUUCGAGGAGGGAGUGAGGGACAGCAAGCGCCAGUUGCUGCUCAAAGGCAUGAGCGCUCUCAUCCGUCCAGUGCAUACGGCAGUGGUGGCGGCAGCAGCAGCUCGCUGCUUCCACUCCUUCAAGACGGACCUGGAUGAGGCCACAGGGGGGCGCGACGGCAGCGCUGCUUCCUUUGCUGAUUCUUCUGCCGCCUGCCUGCAGGCCGCUGCGCUCUCCUUUGAGUCCGACGUUGAGGAUGCUGACGUGGCGCUGUUCAGUUGGUCGGUGGAGGAAGUGAGGGCGAAGCUCACGGCUGACAUGGAAUCCCACGUGGCGUCGCUGCGAUCGCAGAAGCUCAAGCAGAUCGUCACGGAUGCAGAGGCGUCCCUGUCAGAGGCGAUCUCAGAGCCGAUCGCAGCAUUGCUAGAAACCGUGACGGACAACACGUGGCGGGACAUCAGGGCCGUGUUCUUCCACCAGCUGGACGCUGCCUGCAGCGACGUGGAGCAGGCUGUGGGGGGGUUUCAGUUGGGGGAGGAUGAGCAGGCGCGCUUGAAGGGCGCUGUGGAGGCGGCGGGGCGGAAGGUGGUGGAGGAGCGGGUGAGACGGGAGAGCCAGCAUGCGCUGUCGCUCAUGAAAGACAGGUGGAAAGGGGAGGGGGAGGGAGGCAGUGAGGGGGAAAAUCUGGAUGUUUCUGAAAAUGCAACGAUUGUUGGCUGGAUGAUUCUCGCCACCUCUCCCUCCCUCCUCUUCCCUCCCUCCUCUAACCCUACUCCUUUCCCCUUUCUCCUCCCCCCCUCCCUUUUCUCCUUGCCGCCCAUUCCCCUCCUCUCCGCCCAUUCCCCUCCUCUCCGCCCAUUCCCCUCCUCUCCGCCCAUUCCUCAUUUCCCCCUGCACCCCUCUCCCCCCCAUCAGGCGCUGAGGCUGCUGGCGGUGGUGGCGGCAAUGCGGCUGGACACGGUGGACAACUCCAUCGAGACCACUCUCUUGUCUCUUCUGGGGGAGGGCGCUACUGGGGAGGGCGGCGACUCGUCGCGGACGCAGGACGGGGAGUCGGGGGAGGGGGACGGGGAAGUAGAGGGGGAAGGGGAAGGGGAAGGAGAGGGGAAGGGGGGGAGCAGGAGAGUGCAGCGGGUGUUCACAUCAGCAGGGCUGCUGGCUGCUAGCAAAUGGGAAAAGGUGAGCCGGUGGAUGGGCAGGGGAGGGGAAGGGGCUGCUGUUGGGGGUUUGGAGGUCGCCCCAGACUGCACGUUCCUGACGCCUGGGCAGUGCCGAGCGCUGUGGGGCAAGUUGAAGGCGGAGACCCAAUACGUGGUGGCGCAGGCCAUGCAGACUCAGGAGGCAAGUCGGCGGAACAACGCAUGGCUGCCCCCCCCGUGGGCCAUUCUAGCCAUGGUGGUGCUGGGGUGGAACGAGUUCAUGGCUGUGCUCAGGAACCCAGUGCUGCUGCUGCUGGGAGUGUUUGUCUUCUUCAUGGGGCGCGAGGUCAUGGCUCAGCUGGACCUGGGAGGCAUCUUUGACAACGGCAUGGUACCGGGGCUCAUCACCCUGGCAGCGCGAGCAGGUCCCAUCAUAAUCUCUGUGCUCAAGCGGCUGGGCGAGCAGGCAGAGGCGGCUUUUACUGCUAACAAUGGCCCCGUGCCGGGGCCUCUGCGCCCCAACUGGCACAGCGAGGGAGACGAGGAUGGGGGCGAUGUGGCGAUGCAGGACUUCAGCGCGGGGAGCAGUGGGGAGGGGGGGCUGAGGCAACGAGGGAGCAGGCGGGAGGGAGAGGGCAGGGAGGGGGGCGAUGAUGGGGAUGUGUGGCGAUGUGGCGAUGAGGGAUUUCAGUGCGGGGAGCAGUGGGCAGAGGGGCUGAGGCAAUGA